CUCAAAUCUUUAAACCCCCGCCAAUAUCAAAACGGAGCAAACAUUGAAUUUUUGAAUCCUUGGCGGCGUCUCAUCGUUUUCCAUUAAAUUAUGAUUUCAAUUUCUCAACAGAGAUUGCUUCUUUCAAUUAUUUUGAUUUCCUGAGAUAUUGCCCUUCUCUAUCAGAAUCUAGGGUUUGGUUUUAGAAGAAUGAAUUUGGGCGAUCUUAAUAAGGUAUGGGAAAUCAAAGCACUGAAGCGUAAGCCCAAACAUGAAGAAGCCAACAAGAUUCUUGAGAAAAUUGCUAAACAGGUUCAGCCCAUCAUGCGUAAACAUAAUUGGAGAGUUAAACUUCUCUCUGAAUUCUGCCCAAAAAGACCAGCGCUUUUGGGGUUGAAUGUAGGAGCUGGGAUACAUGUAAAGUUGAGGCUUCGAAGACCGAACAAUGAUGAGGAAUUUUACCCUUAUAAUGAAGUUCUGGAUACCAUGCUUCAUGAACUUUGCCAUAAUGCUCAUGGUCCGCACAAUGCCGGUUUCUACAAACUAUGGGAUGAACUUAGAAAGGAAUGUGAAGAUUUGAUAACUAAAGGGAUAAGUGGCACAGGAGAAGGGUUUGAUCUCCAUGGAAGGCAAUUAGGAGGCCGUCACCCACAGCCAUCCAUGUCGUCUCUCCGCCAAACUGCUGCAGCUGCUGCUGAAAAUCGAGCACGUCUUAAAUCCUUGCUACCAUCUGGGCCUAGACGCCUGGGUGGUGACCAUUCUAUCAAGUCUGCACUUGCUCCAAUUCAAGCUGCAGCAAUGGCUGCAGAAAGGAGGUUACAGGAUAAUAUUUGGUGUGGUUCUGAAUCGUGUGACUUAUCUGACUUAGAUGAAACUUCUGAUUCAUUGCCCGAGCCGUUACCACUAGGGCAUACUUCUGAUAGAUCCAAGCUUUCUAAUGGGUUUGAUGCACAGUCUUCCAAGGUAACAUCUCGAAAAAGAAGUCGAGAAUCGAAUUCUGUAUCAUCCUCAAGGUCCUUGCAUGGCCAUACUGUGACUAAGCCAGUAUCUAAGGCCCUGUCUAACCAUGAUAAAGAAAUUUCUCACAGAGUUGGUCAGGCAGCAGGGAACUCUCAUACUGUGCCAUCCAGAGGUUAUCCAGUGUCCUUUGUUGAUUUAAGUGACAAUGCCUCGAGUUGUACAUCAAUGCAUAGCCAUGAUGACUUACACAGUCCCAAGGAAACAAUGAUGUGGGAGUGUUUAAUGUGCACGCUGUUAAACCCACCAUUAGCUCCUGUGUGCAAAGUUUGCCAAACUCAAAAGCCCAAAGAUGUGGAUGACAGAAAUAGUAUAUGGUCAUGCAAAUUUUGUACCCUGGAUAACAGUCUGAAGUUGGAUCAGUGCACAGCCUGUGGAGAAUGGAGAUAAUCUCACGGCCCUCCUGUAGCAACACCAGCACCCAAUCUUGGCACUUGAAGUGAACAUGAAUUGCAGGAACUAACAUAUUUUCUGGAAAUUAUUUCUCCUGUUUGUUGAUGUCAAUUUUGCGCUGCCCAUCAGUUGAUCAAGUAUUCAAGAAUUCACCUAAUUUGAUAAACUGGAAAAGUUUUUUGUCUUUGCUAAUUUUGCUAAGGUGGUAAUUUUACUAGUGAAUCUCCAACGGAAGCUUGUUUAUACCCAUACUUUCCUCAAUUUUCUUCAUGUCAAUUUCUUUUUAUCAAGAAAUAUGCUAUUCACAUUUGGAAAGAAAGAACUAAUAUAUCAGCAAUAUGUUUUUGUUAUUUUUGGUAGAGUUAAGCUUGUCUUGACAGAUGUAGAUAGGGAAAUCCUCUUUGGAAG